AUGUCUGAUACUGAAAGUGAACACCGUAUUAAAAUAAGUAUGUUUGGAUUUCAAGCUAGUGGGAAAACGUGUUUAUAUAAUAUUUGGAGAGGAUUAAAUAUUCCAGAAGAAUAUAUUAAAACAACAGAAAUGGAAUUUGAACAAAUAACAGUUAAUGUGGAUGGAUUAAAAGUUCCUGUUUUAUUAAGUGACUGGGGAUAUGAAGUGAUGGUAACCUGUUCUGCUUCUCAACAAACAACAAUUAAUACAUACAGUGAAAAUACUGAUAUACAAAUUUUUGUUAUUGCAUUAAAUUCAAUUGACUCAUAUGAAUUUGUUGAAGGAGCUCCAAAUUCAGUGUUUUUCAAGAAAACUGGUGAAGUUCAACAAGUUGCUAUUCUUAAUAAAAUUGAUUUAGAAGAAGAUGAAGAUUUACGUUCAAAAAUAAAAACAUUUUCUAAUGAAAAUGAAAUUCCAAUAUUUGAAGUUACUACUACAAAUCCAGAGUUAUGUCGUAAAACAUUAAUCGAUAUUAUUGAUUUAUAUCUUGAAAACAAUCCACAAUAUAAACAAUCUUUAAAAAAAGGAUUUAAUAAUAAAAAGUCUUCAGAAAAAACUAAAAAGACAUCUCUUUCUAUUACUUCUUCACAAUCUAAUAAAAAAGAAAAACAAGGAUGUUGUACAUUAUUUUAA